AUGGGGAAAUACACACCACAACUCUCGGACAACAGGAGAUACUACUGUAGUAAUUUGCAGAAGAAGAAGGAGAAGAUACGGAUAUGUCAAUAUGCCAUGGCACAGCAAGCACAUGCUGAGAUCUUUUCCAUUCAAUCAGCAACCUUCCGUCGUCUUCUCCCCGCCUCAUACACCUUUGAUUUCCUCGACGGACCGUACACAUCCCCACCGGCAGCAGGAGUAUCCCUCUUCUUCAACCCUCCAUACUACGCCUACUAUCACUCCUCCGAUCCCUCCGCCAUCCGCGAAUCCUACUCCUUUCUACAAGAACACAUUGAUAAAAACGGACCCUAUGAUGGGGUAAUGUGUUUUUCCCAAGGCUGUGCACUGAUCGCCGGUUUCCUACUCGAUCAUCAAGUUACACGUCCACAUAUUCCUCUCCCAUUUACGUGCGCCAUAUUCAUAUGUGGCGGAAUGCCUUUACCUAUAAUUGAAGAUAUAGGAAUUGAAAUCUCAUCUUCCGCGCGAGAUUUAGAAGAUCAAUCCGUCAAAGAACUUUUUGCCACAGCAGCGGCGGUCGAAACUGCUAAACCGGGUGAUGAUUAUUGGAAUACCAAGGCGGUAAAGACGUCGAUUUUGAAUGUGGAAGAUGUAGAUUUGGAGAAUCCGUAUGCGUUGAAGGUUCCCGAGGGUUGGAAAAUUCAAAUUCCAACGGUCCAUGUUUAUGGGAGGAAAGAUCCGAGACGUCUGGCGAGCUUGAAUUUGGCGAGCUUUUGUGCGGGGAAGAAGAGGGUUUGGGAUCAUGGGGGUGGUCAUGAUAUUCCUAGGUUGUCGCAUGUGUCGAAGGAGAUCGCGGGAUUGGUGAAGUGGUGUGCGAAGACUGUGGCGGAGGAGAGGGAGGCGAAAGGGUUGUGA